AUGAGCACAGAGACGCGUCAAUUUGGCGACCUUGCGAACCAGCUAAUCAUGGAAUCGCGUCGAUCUACUCAGACAGAUACACUGUUGAAGUACAACGACUCGCUCGUUCGCUUGCUCAUUCGGGAACAGCGUGAUCUCGAAAGAGCUGCAGAGGCACUCGAGGCAAGAAUGGACGAACUGCAGGGCCCUCCUCCUGCUCUUUUGAUCAUUCAGACUGCUGUCUCCAGAAACAAACGCUGCCUUUUGGCCUAUCACUCUCAUCGCAUCGACCGUCUUCGUGAUCUUUAUUGGGAUGUUGGUGGUGCUCUGCCUCAUAUACUCAACAAUCAGGAUAUUAGGAGCAAAUUUUCCCCGCACGAGGUCGACUACCUUCGGCAAUAUAACAAUUCACUUAUGGAAUUCCGCUCUGAGUUUUCUCAUGAGCUCGAUAUAACUGCCAGUAUCACCAAUCCUCCCAAAGAUCUUCAUGUACUUGUGAACGUUGUAAAGGACUGCGGCGUCAUCCAAACCGAAUUAGGCAGCAUUAACUUCCAGAAAGGUCAAAGAUUUAUGGUGAGACGUGCGGACAUUGAGCAUCUCAUCAUACAAGGUUAUCUUGAGGAGGUUUCAUAG